AUGGCAGGAAUGCUUCUCCGCAGCCUUCUUGCGCGGGCUGCCCAGGAUGAUCUGUCGAUGAGAAUGGGCGCUGCCCUCACGUUAGAUAUCGACCCGCUGCCCGUCGCCCAGCAUCGUGGGCUGAUUGCAGUCUCGAUCAUGGCUUGUUUCUCGCUCGUGGCCACCUUGACGCUUCUCUUAUUCAUCACCUAUCGACUCAUCUUUUGGAGGAGAAAUUAUCAAAGAUACAUUGGUUACAAUCAGUACAUCAUCCUCAUCUUCAAUUUGGUUCUGGCCGAUCUCCAACAGUCUCUCGGCUUUGUGGUGUGCCUGAAAUGGAUCGCCACCGACAAAAUCAAAGCCGGGACGGUGGCGUGUUUCCUGCAGGGACUGUGGCUUCAAAUCGGAGAUCCCGGAAGUGGUCUGUUCGUCCUGGCAAUCGCGUUCCAUACCUUUUUGCUGGUCGUCUGGGGCUACAAGAUGUCCCAUCGGAUGUUUGUGUGCUUUGUCAUUGGCGUCUGGGUAUUCAUCGCCGUCAUCACAAUCAUCCCCAUCGCGGCACACGGCUAUCAAGUCUUUAUCCCAUCCGGUGCAUGGUGCUGGAUCAGUGAAGAGUAUGAGACUAUUCGUCUUUGGACCCAUUAUAUUUGGAUUUUUCUCGCCGAGUUUGGUACCGUGAUGUUGUAUGCGGUCAUGUACUUCCAGCUUCGGCGCCAGAUUGCUGCGUCUUCCAUUCUGGGAAACAAUCAACUGGAGAGUCUGAAGCGUCUGCGCCGCGUAGUCGGCUACAUGACCAUCUACCCGAUCGUUUACAUGACUCUGUCUCUUCCUUUGGCAGCCGGACGUAUGUCCACGGCCAAUGGACACGCACCUUCGAUCAAAUUUUUCUGUUGUGCCGGUAAGUCGUCAAAUACUUGUGUCCGAAUCCCCAAACACCACCAGCUCUUGCCUUCUGACAUCUCCCCAGGCGCCAUUAUCACCAGUUCCGGUCUUGUGGAUGUUAUUCUUUACACCCUGACCCGUCGAAACCUCAUCAUCGAUUCUGAACCAAGCCAAGAUCGCUCCUAUAACAAAUUUGCGAGUAGCCGCGGACGUUACGGCGAAAAUCAUUUGACCACCAUCACUGCUGCUGAUCCCAAGACUCGAACUGGGUUGGGGGGUGGGACGGGUCAUGACCGUGACGGAUCCACCGACAACAUCGUCCAGCCUGGCCUCGAAAUGGGCCCUCUUGGCAAAGUGUACCAAGAGACUACCAUUGAAAUCACCACCGAACCAGCCUAUCCAUCGGAAGCCGCGAGCGAGCGUUCCAGCAAGGAUGAAUUUACUGACCGCCCGUCACGUCGAUGGGGACGAUAG